AUGGUAUAUAUUCUCCGUCUGCUCGCCAGCAUCGUGCAACAUGGUCUCACUACUGUUUUUCACUUUCUCACUAUCAACUAUUUCGCUGAGCUUCCUCCACCGGCAACCGGACCAAUGAAGAAGAUCGUCAUCCUAGGUGGCUCCUUCGCGGGGAUCAGCACUGCCCAUCGCAUUCUCAAACAGUCUGCGAAGGCCGGUCCAGUCAAGAUCACUCUCGUCUCGCCUAACACUCACUUCUAUUGGAACGUCGCCGCCCCCCGGGCAAUCCUCCCCGGCCAAAUAAGCGAUGAGAAAAUAUUCUUGCCCAUCGCGGCGGGCUUCAAACAGUAUAAGAACAGCCAAUAUGAGAUCAUCACCGGGCGCGCGCAGAGUCUUGACUUUGAAACUAAGACGGUCGAGAUCAUAGACGAAUCCGGCGAGCGGACACUCGAUUACGACUACCUGGUCCUCGCUACUGGGUCGCGCACCGCCGGCGACAUCCCAUUCAAGACACUCGACACCACCGAGAAGACUAGAGAAGCUCUGCAUGGCUACCAAGAGCAGGCGAGGAAGGCAAAGACGAUUGUUAUCGGCGGCGCCGGACCCACGGGCGUCGAAACGGCUGGUGAGCUGGCGUUCGAGUAUGGGAAACAAAAGCGAACCAUCCUGCUCACAUCCGCCACUCGAGUCCUCGACUCCGCGAUCCCCAGCGUCUCCAAAGUCGCAAGCGACAUCCUCCAUCGACUCGCUGUGGAAGUGAAGCUCUCCACGAAAGUCGUAUCAUCAUCUCCCAUUUCCUCCGGCCAAAUUGAACUCACUCUCUCAUCCGGCGAGAAGAUACUCACGGACAUGUACAUCCCCACAUACGGUGUGCUGCCGAACAGCUCCUAUAUCCCCGCCUCAUACCUUGACGACAAGGGUUUCGUGAAAGUGGACCAGCAGUUCCGCGUGAGCGGACAACCCAACGUAUUUGCCAUUGGGGACGUUUCGAACCUCGAACCCCCGCAGGUCAUGUUCGUUGAUAAGCAGUCGACUCACCUGGCAAAGAAUAUUGUCUUGGUGCUCGGUGGGAAGCAGCCGGUGGAGUACAAACUGGGCCCGAAGGGUCUCGGUCUCCAAAUCGGCCGCAAAACAGGCACCGGCCAUCUAGGGAACUUCAAGAUUCCAGGUUUCCUGGUACACAUGCUCCGCAAGAACCUAUUCUUGGAUAAGGUGGCGCCGCUAGUUGAUGGAUCUGCCUUCUAG